AUGUCUUCUUCAGACGAGAGUUCAGACAGUACCGAGUACCUGGUGCCAUCUUCGAAGAUCGACUUAUCAAGCUCAUUUUUCUCCACUACCGCAUCAACAUCCAAGUCUAACCCCAAGGUAAGAGCUAGAAUAGAAUCAUCAUCUUCCUCAGAAGAUGAUGAACUUCCCGAAAGUUCCGCGUCGAACGCGGAACUUCUUUUGGAAGUAAUGAAGAACCUGGAGAAGAUCAACAACCCUGUUGUCCAACCAUCCCGAGCACCAGCGCCAGUUCCUGAGUCUUCUAGCCGAGAGUUGUCUUCAGAGAUUGCUGAUCUUCUGCUGAAGCAUGAGAGUGGUCUAGGUUCUUUCAAACUCCCCGACAAUGAAGAAGAAGAAAUUCCUAAGGAACAGAAACAGGAAAAGGAACAGGUCCAGGUUCAGCACCCAGACUAUGAAGUUCCUCAGGAAGGAGUUAACAUAACUCUUCCAGGAACUGGAAUGCCUAGCUUUAAAAGGAAGAAGAAUAAAGUUGGUCUUCUUUGUUGGCUAGCACACGGCAUCCAUCUUAACAAGCAGAUCAACGACCCAGAGGUUAUGUCCACUGUCCUGUCGUUGAUCCCCAGUAUCAGCUACCCCAAGGGCCGGGUUGACAUCAAGUACAUCGAGCAGUUCACCAAGUGGUUUCGCGGGGUGAUUAAAGUUGAGUUUAAUAAGGAGAAUGUUCCAGUUACUAAGGAACUUCUUCUUAAGAGGUUAGGUGAGAAGAAGGUUAGGAACUACCGGGAACUUGUUCUGCUUUAUAUUGCCGCUCUUAGGGCUAUUGGGUGUAAUUGCAGGCUUGUUUUGUCCCUCUGCCCUCCGCCUAUGAAGCCUAAAUCCGAUCAGCUGAUCAAGAGCAAGAAGGAGGGGGAAGGAACUAAGGAACGGGGAGGAGCUAAAGAUAAGGAACCGGGGAGAGGGAAGAAAUCUGGAGAGGGGGAGGAUAAGGAGGAUAAAGAUGAUAUUAGGAACACUAUGGCUAAGAAAUGGAGUGAGAAGAAUAAAGGAAGGGGAAGAGGAAGAAAAGGAGGAGUAAGUUCUGUGGUGGGUUUGGUGAGUAAUUCUAAAGUUGCCGAUAAAAUGGCGAAGGAAGAAGCUAAGAAAAAGGCGGCGGAAUUGUUGAGGGAGAAAUUUGCGAGUAGUAAGGAGAGGGGGGUUAAGAAGUUGAAAAGAAAUGAUGAGGGGGGUAAGAAAGAGGAGGGGGGAGUUGAGGAAGAGGAGGGGAAGAGGUUGAGGAGUGGGGAUAAGAAAGAGGAGGGGGUAGUUAAGGAAGAGAAGGGGAAAAGAUUGAGGAGUGGGAAGAGUGAAGAUAAGAAAGAGGAGGGGAUAAUUAAGGAAGAGAAGGGGAAAAGGUUAAGGAGUGGGGAUAAGAAGGUGGAGGAGGUGGUUAAGGAAGAGAAGGGGAAAAGGUUGAGGAGAGGAAGAAGUGAAGAUAAAAUUGUGAAGAAAAGGAGGAGUGAAGAAAUGGUGGAGAAGGGGAAGGGGACUUUAUCUAGUGUCGGUAAAGAAGAAAAUGAAGAAAAGGAAGAGAAAAUGGAGACUGAAAGUGAGAGUGAGAAUUCGGAGAAGGAGUUUAAGGUUAAGAAGAAACUUGGGGUGGGAAGAAAAAAUUUAGAGGCGGUUAAAGAAGAAAGGAGGUUAAGUGAGAAAAGGAGGAAAGUUUUGUCGAGUGAUGAUGAAGAAGAUAUUGUUGAUGUUAGGGAUUCUAGGUAUCUUUGGGCGGAGGUUUAUGUUGAGGAUGAAGAAAGCUGGAUUAGUGUUUCUGUACCGGAUAAUAAAGUUCAUUGUGUUGCGGAAAUUUUUAAAAAAGCACCAUCUCCAGUAUUAUAUGUAGUAGCAUGGAAUUCUUUGGGAAAAUUAAAAGAUGUAACGAGACGUUAUUGCCGUCAUUGGUUAACAGUGACAAGAAAGCAAAGGAUUGAUCAAGAAUGGUGGACAGAAACGUUGUCUCCUUGGAUUGAAAGUAACAGUGUGAUGUCCAGAGCUGAAGAUGAAGCGUUGCUUACUAUGGAAUUGGAACAGCCUUUACCAGAUAGGACUGCAGAUUACAAAGGACAUCCAUUGUACGCACUCGCGCGUCAUCUACUGAAAUAUGAAGCGCUGUACCCGCCAGAUUGUCAACCGCUUGGUUAUUUGAAGAACGGCGAAGCUAUUUAUUCUAGGCACUGUGUUCAUACUUUGAGAAGUCGGGAGACUUGGCUGAGGGAAGCCAGGGUUGUUAAUCUUGCCAAAUUAAAUUCUGAAGUAGUCUUUAAUAGUUUCUUAACAAAUCUCUCAAUAAGAUUUGACAAAAACAAUCAAGUAAAUACCAAUUCAACGACCGGUCAGAUACUGGCAUAA